AUGAGAUUACUACUCAACUUGUGUCUGCCUUUUUGUAUUCUUUUCGCAUCCGCAAUCGCUGAUUCCUAUCAUGACGGUGGAUCAUGUGGUACCAACUCCAUUCCAUAUAAAAUGGAAGUGGACAGUGACGGGAAGCCAGGUACGGUAGUUCUCGAUUUUCUAGAAAAAAGUUUCGUUCCAGUAAUUUCAUGCGAGGCACCAUCUUGCUUGGGACUCACAUCGUCGCUAAAAUCUCGUCCUAGAGAAUUGUCGGUGAGCUGCGAUCCAUUCAAGGAGGUUGUUUGUGUGGACGAACUACAAUGGACUUCUGGAUUAGUGGAGAUUAAUAAUGGAACACAUAGAACAUUAAAAACCGAGUGCUGUUCUUACGAAGAAAUGGCGACUGCUAAGAAUGUCAAAAGCAUCUUCCUAGGUCCCGGACAAUCUUAUGUUGGAGGGCUUGUAGAGAAAGAUGGAGAAGAAUCAGGAUUCGAUUUGAUCAAAGAGAUCAGAAAAACUGUGAACGCCGAUAAUCAGGUACAAUACAUUGUUGGAGUUUACCGUAUGGUGUGUAACGCACGUUCUGACUCAAGCGAGGAACUACCAGUACUUUCCCGUAACAGAAGAAAGCUUCGCGAGAGAGUUGGAAAAUAUGAUGACUAUGAGGAGGAUAGACAUUACCGUAGACGGCGCCCAUUUGCCAUGAGAAGACGUGCUCUUCUUCAAAGACUCGAGGAUUACUACGACGACUACGAAUACGAUUUUAGACCCAUGAGAAGACCAUUCAGAAAAAGCCGCCUUCCAUACAACGAGAACGCCCUCUGGCCCCUUCAAUACUCCGCUCCACAACGAUCCCGCGUCUUCGCUGAGAACACCUACAACGAGAAGACAGGUUUGUUAGAGACAAUGCAAGACGGAACUGCAGCUCUUUCUAACUAUGGUGAUUCUUCAGUAGAAUCCGGUCCACUUCCACCACCACCCAGCUCCAGCUACAUCGAUUCUCAAAACAUUGCGCCAGCGUCGCCCUCGGUGCAGUCGCCGGCGUACCCACAGAACUCCCAAAUGCCACAACCGCCACCAUCUGACUCCUACGCUGGAUCCUAUCAACAACAAAACUCAUACACCUCGUAUAAUGGAUACCCAACCGCUGAUAACAGUCAGUACAAUGGAUACCCGGCUAUGCAACAGCCAGCAUACCAGCCAGCUUACCAACCAGCCUAUCAGCCAGCCUACCAGCCAGCAUACAGUCCAUCUUCCUACUCUGGAUAUUCGCCAAAUCUGAACGGAUACUUUACAAAAAUGCAGUGCUUCUCUGGAGACAUGGAGGUUGAAACUGAAGAUGGAGUUAAAUUAAUUAAAGACUUGAAAAUCGGAGACAAAGUACUCAGUAUGGACGAGGCAUUCGUGACGUACUCGCCAAUUAUCAUGUUCCUGCACAAACGCGACGACGAGAAAGCCGAAUUUAAUCUUAUUGAAACCUCGAACGGACAUUCAAUCAAGCUGACUGAUAAUCAUUUGAUCUACGUCUCCGAUUGCAACGCGCGAUCUGAUUUGAAAUUGGUCGCCGCAAAAGAAGUCAAGAUGGACGAUUGCAUUCACGUCACAACAGAGAACAAUGCCGUGAUCAAGAAAAAGGUCUCAAAGAUCAGCAAGGUAGUGGAUACCGGAAUCUACUCGCCACUCACCUCAACAGGAGAUAUCAUUGUGAACCGCGUUCUAGCAUCCUGUCACUCUAAUCUCGCCUUGAAAUCUCUCCAACAAACAUUCUUCUCACUCUACAAACGGACGUCAGGUGUCUUUAACAGUUUUGCACUCUUCAAAACAUCCCAAGAUGAUGGAAGUCUACCAGUUGGUGUGGAAACUCUAACGAGUGUCAUGGAUCUAUUCAUACCACAAUCAUUCGUUUAA